AUGCUGCAGCGCCUGGCGGCGAGACCUAUGCGCUUGGUCUUACGCUCCUCGAGGCUUCAUGGCAGUAUGGUCUCUAUCCAGCGCUACACUGCUCCUGUCUUUCCAGCCGCCAGCAGAAAAUCUCUGUGCCCGGUGCAGGUAAGGCGGUUCAGCAACGUCGAGAUUAAGACUCCCGAUUUCGGUGCCGAGAGCAUCACCGAGGGUACGCUCAUGGAAUGGCAGAAGAAGGCGGGCGACUUCUGCGCUAAAGGUGAGAUCCUGGCGGUGAUCGAGACAGACAAGGUGAGCACCGAGGUGAAGGCGCCCGACAACGGCGUCCUUGAGAAGAUUGUGGCUCAAGCUGAUGAAACAGUUCAGAAAGAUCAGCUGCUGGCUGUCUUCAAGCCAGGAGGUGAACCGCCUCCUAAAGCAGCCAAAGCUCCCGCGGCGGCGCCCGCCUCGCCGGCCGCUGUCCCAGCAGCACCGGCGGCUGCCCCGGCUGCCGCCCCGGCCGCCCCGGCUGCAGCUCCUGCAGCUCCGAAGGUGGGCAUGGGUGCUAGAAAGUUCGGUCGGCAUGACGCUCAUGCCAGCUUGAGUUGUCCAGCAUUGCCGACAAAGAGGCUCCCAUGCUCCAUGCCACGGUGCAGCGACACCAACAUGACUAUGCAUCGUAGUGGAAAGUGGCAAUCCAUGCCGCCGCCCAUCGAAAGCAUCCAGCCAUUGCUCAUGGAUGCCCUUUUGCUCAGUGCCAAAAGCAUUCCCAUCUGGGCUGUCGAUAAGCACAUCCGCCCUUCGAUUGGUUUCAGAAGGUUCUUCACUAGCACAGACCGUCAUCAGCGACUCCACCAGCCCGUCAAAGUCGGCGACCGCAGCCGGCGCAUUGUUUUCCGAAUUGGAUCCGUGCAACCGAGCAGCUGCCUCUUGAAGCCGAGAGGCUUGGGGCUUGAGCUGGAGUUGCCCGCUCUGUCCCGACGCUACGAGGCCAUCGGGCAUGUCGGUGUGGUGCGCAGGGAUCUCUUGGUCGCCUCAGCCGUGCGCUUCGGACUAACUGUUCGGCCGCCCGGCGUGCUUGCGAUCAGCUUGAACGGGUCUGAGGCUUUAAGGUACCAGUACUGCUACCACUAUCACGAAGAUGACGACCCGACACCAAUCGAUGGUCGUGGUGGUGAUGAUGGCAAAGUUGUUGACGCGCAGGAGCAAAUGGCACCGACGGUGGGAGCGUCCCCCGAGGAGCCCGAUGGCGCCAACAUUGCAGAGAAGGUCGAGGCUCGUUGGCACGAGCAUCAGAGGGCUCAAGGGAGUGCCGUGAAGAAGGCGAAGAACGAGCACCCAACCUGCGCUAAGGAUGAUCCCAGCGCAGAGGUGGAGGCGAAAAUAGAGCCCACCAAAGACGAGCACCCGGAGACCUCUGCGGUCAAGGCCGAGGAGCCCGGACUAGCGCCUCCAGUAGAGGCUCCCGGUGUGCAGGAGCUGGUAGUUCCGAAGAUGGAGGAGGCGCCUCCUCCACCGGAGGUUCCAGCGACCAAGCUCGAGCAUUCGGCAACAGAGGUCAAGGUCGAGGCUGCGAUGGUCAGCAAGGAGGAGCCGGCCGCCGAGGAACCAUCAGACCCGGCUUCUCCUGGAGUGAAGGUGCGGCAAGAAGAGUCGGAGCCGCUCCAUGAGGACAGCCAUGGACCCCAGGAGGAGGCUCCAGGUGUUGCGCGAAUCUGUGCAGUCAAAGAGGAGCCGGAGCAUCACGACGAGGCCGGUGAUACCUUGGAGGAACUGGUGAUGAGCCCUGAAGAGCAGGACUUGCGCGAGGAACUCCGGGCCACCUUUGCUCGCAGCGAUGCGGCGGUCGCCAGGUGGUUGGCUUGGGCCGGCCACGGUUCAGAGUCUUCUGACCCGGAAGAGGCGGCGACUUCAAACCGAGCCGCACCUUGCUUCCGCAGGUUUUCCAGCACUGCAGCACCAUCGAAGAAGUUUCUUCGGGACGAUGCGGAAAAUGCGCCGUGGCCAACCGCCAAGCUCUUCCGAUGCACUGGGCCCAUUAUGUGGAGGCCGGAAUGGUGUCUUCCCCAUCGUCAUUGCCCAGGUAGAUGGGAGGACGGCACUUCUGCAGGGGGCAUCAUUUCCUGGGCCGUGGAGCCUACAUCUUUGAGCCUGCAGGAGGGCUUCGAGGUGUGCUUCCGAGACGAGCCGGGGCCCACAAGCGCUGAUGAUGAGGACCUUCCCGAUCGCACGGAUUCAGACUUCGUCAUGAACUUCCGACGUGGAGCCAAUGCCUGGCAUUUUACUGCCGGCACACGGAACCGGUCAGGGGCGCAAAAGUCUGUCCCAGACAACGUCUUCAGCAAGAGGGCGGGGCAGCGGCACAUGUUCUGGGCUGCAUGCUUGGAAGGCCAAGAAGAUGGGAAGCACUACGUUCUCGUCGGGGCUGUCCCAGGCAUGCUGACGGAGCAUUUCUUCGUCGCGAAGGUGACACGCCCUCGGCCUUUGACCAAUGUUGGCCACUUGACAGCUCAGCGAGUGGUGACGGAGAACUGCAACAGCUGCCUAAACCCUAAACCCCAAGACUGCCGCGACUUGUCAGGGUCCAAGGGAGGCCGAAUCCUGAAAGUCGUUGUGGUCGCCGAGCGACGAAUCUAG